AUGUCCCCGUUUAGGCUUAUCUAUGGAAAAGCUUGCCAUUUGCCUGUUGAACUUGAACACAAAGCACAUUGGGCUAUCAGGAAAUUAAACAUGGAUAUGGAAGCUGCUGGUGAACUCAGGAAACUUCAGUUAUGUGAGCUUGAUGAGCUGAGAUUAGAUGCCUAUGAAAGUGCAAGAAUCUAUAAGGAAAAGACCAAGCAGUGGCAUGACAGAUGGUAUGGUCCAUGUGUUGUAAAGAAGGUGUUUGGAAAUGGUGCUUUGGAAGUACAGAGUCCUUCAGAAGGAAUAUUCUCAGUUAAUGGUCAAAGAGUGAAACAUUAUUUCAAUGGAGAUCCUAUUCUUGAUUUUGAUGCAAGACCAGAAGAAGCAGAGUUGAGGAAGGCAAGCCUUGACAGUGGUCAAGCAUCUUGA